CAUUUAUGACCAUAUUAUAUACCUUUAUUUAUUUACUUAUUUAUCACCAUCAAGUCUCUUCAAUAUAAUAACAUUUCAUUGUACCCCUUAGUUAUUGUGUGUAUAUAUAUGCUCCCUCAAAUUAAGCCUGCUGGAAUUCGCAUAGUUACAAAAGUCAUUGUUGCUAAGACUUAAGAUAUUCUGAUCUUCUUCCUUUAUCUUUGUUCUUGUUAUUCUUUGUUGGUUGGAUUUGAACAUGACAAUGGGUGGAUUUGAGCAAAUUUAUGAAGAUAAGGCCUCCAAGAAAGAUGAUGGUAAUGAUGCACAACCUGAUCAACUGUUGAUUAUGGAAGGUGAGAAUGAUAGAAGAGACUCUGAAUCCUCCAUUGGAGAUUCAACUAGUUCUAGUACUGUAUCAUCAUCUUCUUCAGCAGAUCUGAUAGAUGAUGCAACCUCUUCAACAUCUUCUUCAUCACCUUCACAUGGUCCUUUGUAUGAAUUGUCAGAGCUCAUGGACCAACUCCCCAUCAAAUGUAUGUGUAGGAGGGGUCUUUCAAAGUAUUAUCAAGGUAAGUCUCAAACUUUUGGAUCCUUGGCUUGUGUGGAGAACCUUGAAGAUCUUGCAAAGAAAGUAAGACAAUCAUGCAGUAGGAGGAAAAUGAAGUCAUGCAAAAGCUAUGGAGGAGGGGUAGACAAUCAUAGUACAUAUAGUCCCAAAGCUACCAUAUCAAAGAAAACUUCAAGUUCAAGGUUGUCUCUCCUAUCUUCACUAGGUACCAGAGGUACUUUGUUCAGUAGUUGUAAACAUCCCAUAUUCAUUCCUGUACAGAAGAACCUCUAAUGUAAUGUGCAAACUUCUUGUAAUUAACUUUGAUUGGCUUUUGUUGUUCUCAUCGUUUGUCUGAAAUAUAUUUGGUGAAAUAAAAAUCUUCACUAUUUCAAUUA